AACUUUUUUAGAAGAAAAUCAAGGUACUACUCUGAAGGAUCUAUCUAAUUUAUUAGAUAAAACUCAAGCUAUUUAUUCUCAAGUAAAGGAUAUUGUCACAUUGAAACUUGAUGCCCAACUCUUGGCAUCACUUGCUAAAACAUUUGAAAAAUAUGUUGAAGAUAAUCCAAUUUGUGAAGAUUUAUAUCCCAAAUAUGACCCAGAUAAAUGGGCUAAAAAAUUGAAAAAAACUAUAAAUUGUUCUGAAAUCAAUCAACAAUUUUGGAAUAAUUUAAGUGGCCAUAUUCACUUUAACUUAACUGAACCUUUUAAUUUUAUGUAUGGGACUAAUCUUCAAACUUUCACUGAAAAUCAGAAUCUGAUAACAAAUCAAUCCACAACAUCAGGUUCAAAACAAGAUUUAAAAUCUGAUAAAAACACAACAAGAAUAAAUUAUAAAGAAGACCGGAAUAAAAAUGAAAAUUCUCUGAGGCGAGCAACUAAAAUAAAUCAAUCACAAAUCUUUAAUUCUAAUAAUCCAAAUGACACGACUACAAAUAAUGAAGUUGAAAAAAUUUAUAAAAUUCUGUACAAAAAUGUGGACCAAGAUAACACUGUGCCCUUUUGGCCUCUAGUUGUGAACACAAUCUCUUUUGAAAAAACAAUUCUAAAUAUUUUCCACAUAUCUUUUUUAUUGAAGGAUGGACAUGUCACUCUUUUAAUCAACAAAAAUGAUAAGGUUAAUGAUACACAUGAUACAUCUGAAGAGGAGGGAAUUGAUAGACUUGUGGGUACAUAUCAACCUAGACUAAAACUUUUACAGUCUAAUGAAGAGAUUCAAGUUGACUUAGCUGAUGAUUUACCUGAAAAUAAUCAAUUUCUUUUUACUUGUUUGGAAUUAACAAAAAACCAAUGGACACUUUUAAAGCGUGUUGUUAAGCCCAUUAAUUAAAAUAAUAACAUUGAUCAGAUCAUUUUAAUUAUAAAUUUUCUUGUACAGAUAAAAGAAAUACAAUACUCAAUCAAGAAAUUAUUUUUUGAUAAUUGAUGAACACUAAAAAAGAAAUUUUAUAUAAUAUAUAUACACAAUUAAAAAUAAAUAUAAAAUACAUUAAAGAAAUAAAAUUUGAGAGAGAUAUAGGCACAGAUAAAACUAUCUCUUUGAGAAUUUCAAUUAGAAAAUUUAGGGGGAUUAUCUA